CAAGUCACUUGUUCCAAAGAUUCAACUGAAAAUGCCUUGGAGCAGCAAGUCACCACUGGGGAAGGGAGUAGAGAUUAUGCCAAGUUUGAAAUCUAUCGAUUUGUCAUAUUGUUAUGGUCUAACAAAACUGGCGCACUUCUCUAGAUUCCCAAAUUUAGUGGAUUUGAAUCUAAGUGGCUGUAAAAAUUUGGUUGGAGUUGAUCCUUCCAUUGGCUUUCUGAAGAAUCUCCUUAGUUUGAACCUUGGAUUCUGCGAGAAACUUAAGAACUUUGAGAUUAUGGAAGAGAUGAAAUCCUUAAAAUGUCUGGAUUUACGGGGGACUGCCAUCAAAGAAAUUUCUUCAUCAAUUGGACAUCUCAUUAGUCUUGAAAAGUUAAUUUUGCGAGAAUGCGCAAGACUUACAAAUGUAUCAAGCAGCAUUUUUGAGUUGCAGCAUCUGCGGCAUCUUGAUCUGUUUUGGUGCGACAGUCUAGUUACAUUUCCAACCAAUUCAGGAUUUUCAACCAGUUUACAGGGCAAACACUAUGAUCCUUUAUUCGUCUCUCUGGACAGUUGCACGAAUCUCAAAGAAAUUUUGGAAUUUCCACGAGAAAUAGAUGGCUUGAAUGUAAGGUGCUGCCGUGCAUUGAAAAUAAUAUCAAAGCUGUCAAACAUAUUGGAAGGUAAAGAUUCAAAGAUGAUUCCUCGUACGAACUUGUAUUCCUGCAAUGUAUUGUGCCAAAAUCUGGCUCAGAUGAAGAAAAGUCAUUUACGCGAUGAUUCCGCUGAAGCUGCUCCGUUGUUGGCUCUCUUUCUCUCAUGUCAGCAAUCUGAAUUCGAGGUUUUAUAUCCUGUCGAUAUGUUGCCUCCCAAAGAGUAUCCCUCGUCUUCCGAAGAGGGUCCGUCGUCUGCCGAAGAGGAUCGAUUAUAUGCCGAAAGUGGAGUUCCAGUGUGGUUCUCCUGGCGUAACACUGGAGAAAAUUGGCCAGCAUACAAGUUGAAAAUUGAAUUUCCUGGAGAUUUCAAUUGGGAGAACAGGGGAUUGGCAUUUUGUGCUCAAAGUUAUGAAACAUUUAAGGGACCAUAUUUCAGAUUCUGUGCUAUCUACAUUAAUGGAGUACGCAUCAAGGAACCAUCCGAGAAGCCAGAAGAGCAUCCGUGGAGGUUGUCAGAAGAUCAUUUGUGGUUGUACUACAUUCCAUUCCAUACUAUAAUAAGACGACUCAGUGAGAGUGGUUUACCGCCACCGUCCAUGUGUCUGGUCAAGUUUGAAUUUGAAGUUAAGGGGGAAAGUCUGGAACGUGCGGCGUCCACGUAGUAAUGCCAGAGGACAAGGAUGGUGUUAUUAUCCAUCAAGUUGAUGAUGCACACUGAGGCUCUGAAGAUGAUGAUGUUGUAAUUUAAUGUUCUUGAUCUUCAGCAGGAGUAUCUUCACGAUCCUCCAAUGCGGUAACUUGUUUUCAUUUUUUUCUCUUUCUUCUUCUUAUUCUCAAAGCAUGCUAAUGUAAUAGUGUACAUAAUCUCUGCAUCAUGUAUGAAGGUACAUAAUAAGUCAAAAUCAAUGUUGGGUGCGUGUAUUUGGUGGGUGUGGUUAUACGAUGACUUCUCAUUUGGGAGGUCAUGUGUCCCAUCAUGGGUAGUAAAAAUCAAUGUCAAUUGCUUUUAAUGAGGACUACGGUUCUUGGAGCUUUGCUGAAAUGGCUACAUCCAUAUGUCAAUUUAGUCUGUUAUGUGUACACCAUUAAUCUCUAUCUUGUAUCUGGCAUUACUUUUGCUUUUAAUGUAAACAGGUUGUCUACUCAUUCUGGCUCAUGAGUUAUAAUGUAGUUUGGCAUUAACAAGUUUCACAACCUAUAUGUGUACAUUCCUUGCUAGUUAUGUAACUCUAUUCCAGCAAAGGAACACUAUUCUGGAUGCAUAUAA